AGCGUAUAUUCGCACCCUAUGGAGCGCCUGCGUCGUCUGUGCCACCUUCAACGGCCUCGCCUCAGCUGCCCGACACGAGGAGUAGUGACUCGAGUAGCCCCGCUGGCUCGGUCGGCAGCCAGCCGGACCGCCGCGGCGGCGGCGACGGGCACGGGGGCCCCCAAGACGUGUCGCAUGUUCCGGCUGUUACAGGGCAGCCGAGUAGGGCUCAGGGCUCACAGAUGGGCGCGGUGAUACACACACAGGGCGCGGCAACCGUGUCACCACAAUCGAUUGGUCCCGAUACAUCCUACAGUGCAUAUAUUCGUCGUGGCGGGUUGGAACAAGCUGGCGUUGGGAAUACGGUGGCACAUGGGAUGACGGGUAAUGUACUCCAACGUCAACCGGUGCAUCGGUUCGCCUCUACAGGUAUCGUAGCGGGCCCACCGCCGCACCACUUCUUCGACGAGCGGCGCCACAUCCACGGCGGCGACCCUCCUUCCCACUCCCACACUCCAUCUUUUCCGCAGACCCCACAACUCGACUUUCGCACUCGCCAGCUCUCUCUUGAAGACAACCCGGUGCACUACGAAAGGCAUCCACAGGCGCAGCAUGGUGUGGCGCCACCAUUCCCGCCCUCCCCGUCAACAGCACCCGCGGGCAUAGGUCCUGGCAACGUUCCGCAGCCUCAGCCCCAUCUGAACUAUAUCGCCGCAGCCAAUUUGGGUGAAAAUCUGACACUCGACAUGCUGUCGGAUUCCGCCAUCCCCGGAGAAAAGCCCAACUACCCGUACCCAACUCUGAUUAGGGCGGCGAUCCUCGGUAGUCCACGCAGGGCUCUCACUCUGCAAGGAAUCUACAGAGCACUUCAAGAUAGGUUCCAAUGGUUCAGAGACCACGGAAACGACAGGGCUUGGCAGAACUCGAUCCGCCACAAUCUCUCGCUGAACAAUGUGUUCCGUAGACUGGCUAAACCCAUUACGGAACCCGGGAAAGGCAGCUACUGGACCGUCGACCUCGCUGCAGGCGAAGGCAACAAGCGGGAGCGCAAGCGCACCAAGCGCUCCGGCAGGACCCAAUACAAUCAGCGCACAACUCAAGCCGACGCGCCUUCUACAUCACGCUACGCCGCGAAGGAAAAUAGCAGCAGUGAGGAGGAAGGCGACGGCCAGUUUAGGCGACCAUCUCACAGCCAGAGCCUCCCCACAACUCCGUACCUCAGCCGGCCAAUGUACAACCCACCGCACGUCGACCCGGCGCUUCUGCAGGGACACUUCGUCGGACAGGGCCGUAUGCUGCCGCCCAGGAGCCCCAGACUUGGGCCGGCUCCAUACGCUCGCUCUGCCUUCCCGAUGCCUGCUCCUAUGUCGUCUCUACAGGACUCGCAUUUCCCUGCGCUUGGCCAUUUCUCAGUUCGCCCAGGUCAAACCACGACAUUCGGGAACCCGACGUUCGGUCAUGGCCCGUCUGGCUUCGACGCGUGGGAAGCCUCCUUCAUGGCCGGCCCUCCUGCGGGACCGCCGACCUGGGGUACGCAGGCUUCUCCUUCGCCGAUAUUUGACAUGCCCUUCCCGCAUGCAGGUCCAUCUCAUACUCCCGACAUCGGAUACUCGCCUCAGAUCCCUGCUCAAAAUACUCGAGGCCGUUCUAAUCGUCCCAUGACCAGCCCUGCUACGAUGGUUGCGGGUGCUUCUAGCGCCGCGAUGGGUGUCCAGUCGAAUACACCUAUCUAUCACCGCGGCUCUAUUGCUGUCUCUGCCGAUACCGUAGGUUCAGCUACCGGCACGAGCUCUCAGAGCUCUGUCUCCGAGACCAGCAGCGUUCACAACGUCGCGGGACCCAGUGUUCUCCGUGUCUACAAGCGCGAGAGCAGUUCGUCUGGGUCGUCUCAGGAGUUAUAGGUCCCCUCGAAGGUCUACUGCGGCCGGUCGAUGUCUUCCGCGGAAGGUUCAAACCUCGUGUCAUGGAGGAUAUUCCAAUAGGAUAUGCGCC